AUGGAAGGCUACGAAGAUCUGAUAGAUUUCGAGAAUGACCCGACGAUGCCAAUCUGUGCUCGGCGUGAGAUGCGUGAAAGGGUUGCAUAUCAGCUCAAGCUUGACGCUGUGCGAAGAGCGAUGCCUGCUGAGUUGGUCGACAAAUCACGAAUAUUUUACUCUGAAGGAGCGGACUACAUGGACAAGAGGAGAGCAGUAGAUUCUAGAGAACAUCUGAUGGAAGGGAAUGCAGAUGCCUUGACAGAAGAAGAGAUCGAAAGAGUGUUGGAGGAUGUUGAACAAGACUCGGAGCUAACCAUCAUCCGCAGUGCUCGUCUAGAAGAGUUGAUGGAGCUCUCGAAGCUCAACGUGAACCGGGGGCAGGAGCAAGUGAAUUCAGGUCAAGGAGAGGUGCAAGCAUCCGACCCCGCGAGAGUGCUCGAGCUGAUCACGAGCGGAGCUCGCGUUGUGAUCCUCGUGACACGCGAAGAAGCAGAUCUAAGUCCAUCGCAAGGAGAAGUUUCGACUGGCAUCUUGAAGAACAUGAAAGCUCUUGCAAAAGAAUUCCUUGGGACUUCUUUCCUGUUUUGCGUACUUCACUCUAAAUUCGGGGACGACCUUAGAUCUCGUCUACAGAUAUCACAGCUCCCCGCGCUCAUCUGCUGUCGCGAGGGUGUGAUAGUAUCUCGUGUCAUGGGCACUGCACUGAGACAAUUCGUUCUGAUGGAGACAUUGGGCUCCGUGAUCUUUCAAGCUUGGCUAAAUCAAGCUUGUAUCCUUUGUAAGAGCAACAAGGAGUGUCCGCUGGUUGGCGAGGCAGAGCACAAGAGAUGUUCGAGGAGUUGUGCCAGCGAGGACAGCAACGAUCAAAGUGACUCUGACUUGGACGGGGUCAACGACAGCGACACUUCAGAUGAAACAAACUUGAAGGCAAGUUUCACCAAGAACGGCAUAGCGCUCGGCGGCGUGCGAAGCAAGGCUGAGGCUCCCAAGGACGAGGCGUUUCAGUUGGAUCUGCAUGAUACCCACUGA